CAGGAGGAGGAGGAGUGUGCGCGUAGAGGGAGGCGGGGGGGGAAGGAAACCCUCAUGGAAGUAUGAAGGAGAUGGUGGGAGGCUGCUGUGUCUGUUCUGAUGAGCGGGGCUGGGCGGAGAACCCGCUGGUGUACUGCGACGGGCACGGCUGCAAUGUGGCGGUGCACCAAGCUUGUUAUGGAAUCGUCCAGGUCCCCACCGGCCCCUGGUUCUGUCGGAAAUGUGAAUCCCAGGAAAGAGCCGCCCGGGUGAGGUGUGAGCUGUGUCCCCACAAAGAUGGAGCCCUGAAACGCACGGACAACGGGGGCUGGGCCCACGUGGUGUGUGCCCUGUACAUCCCAGAGGUGCAGUUUGCCAACGUGCUCACCAUGGAGCCCAUCGUCCUGCAGUACGUCCCCCACGACCGCUUCAACAAGACCUGCUACAUCUGUGAGGAGCAGGGCAGGGAGAGCAAAGCUGCCUCUGGAGCCUGCAUGGCCUGCAACCGGCACGGCUGCCGGCAGGCAUUCCAUGUCACCUGUGCACAGAUGGCUGGGCUCCUGUGUGAAGAGGAAGUCCUAGAAGUCGACAAUGUCAAAUAUUGUGGCUACUGCAAGUACCACUUCAAUAAAAUGAAGACCUCACGGCACUCUGGGAGCAGCUCCUUCAUCGCCGGGAGGAGGAGUCGCUCCACGUCCCCCACCCAGGAGAAACACGUGUCCCACCACGACAGGCCAAAGAAGAGUCGGAAGGACAAAGAGAGACCUAAACAGAAGCACAAAAAGCGGCCGGAGUCUCCUCCCAGCAGCCUCCCCCCGGCCCCGGUGCCCGUCACCACCGACAAGGGCUCCACCAGCCACCAUGAGGGGAGCAAGGAGACCUCAGAGGUCGGCAGGUCGGAGGUGAAAGGCAGGAAGUCCUCGAGCCAUGGCAGCAGCCACAAGGGGAAGAAGACGGGAAGCGGGAAAAGCUCUGUUGGCUUCAGCUCGGCUUCAUCCAGCGGGACCUUCCAGCCUGCAGGUACCUCCUGCAGCAGCUUGCAGUGCUCCCAGGACUUUGUGACCUUCCCCAAGCUCGAGCAGGACGACGAGAAGUACCGGAAACCUGUGUCUUCCUCGUCCUCCUCCCACUGCUCCCCGCUCUACGAGGGCCAGAAGGGCGACGUCUUCGAGCAGAAGGUGAUUUUCUCCGGCUUUGGGUCCAUCAUGCGCUUCUCCACCUCGGCUGUGAGCCAGCAGAGAGCCCGGGACGCCUCCCCCGUGGACUACAAAGCCUCAAAUCCCACCAGUGGCCCCUCGGUGGGGACCAGUGGGAGCAGCAGCAGCAGCAGCCACAAGCGGAUGCCGUCGCUGAGCCUGGAGGAGGGAGAGGUGCUGAAGGAAAAGAAGCACAAGGGGAGCAAGAAGAACAAGCACGGGCCUGGCAGGCCAAAGGGGGGGAAAAGCAAAGAGAUUUUGGGGGCCCAGCUGGCUGGGUCCACCUCCACAUCCUCGUCACCCUUCUCCGGGGGCUCCCUCGUGAGCUCCAGCAUCGGCAACUCCUCCCGCUCCUUCAGCCACACCGGGAACCUGCCCAGCCUCAGCAUGGAGUCCCCGCUGCUGGGCUCAGGGAUCUACACCAGUAACAAGGACCCCAUUUCCCACGGGGGUGGGGUGCUCAGGGCUGUGUGCAGCACCCCCCUCUCCUCCAGCCUCCUGGCACACCAGGGCACCUCGUCCCUCCCGCAGCUCAACCGCUCCCCCUUCGCCAGCACCAUCCCAGCCUCCUCCUCCUCCUCCGUGUCCACCACGCAGGUGUUCUCACUGGCAGGUUCAACAUUCAGCCUCCCUUCCUCACAUAUCUUUGGAAGCCCCCUCACAUCAGGGCUGUCCAUCAACCCCCUCCUGAACCAGUCGGAAAGCAGCCGGGCAGAGCCGGACCUGGAGGAUUGCAGCUUCGGCUGCCGAGGGACGUCGCCGCAGGAGAGUCUCUCUUCCAUGUCCCCCAUCAGCAGCCUGCCGACCCUGUUCGACCAGACCGUGUCCUGCAGCAGCAGUGGGCAACUGGAGAAUGUUCCCCAGGCCACUCCCAACAUCGAGCAGCUCCUGGAGAAGCAGGGCAACGGGGAAGCCGGAGUGAACAUUGUAGAAAUGCUCAAGGCCCUGCACUCGCUGCAGAAGGAGAACCAGCGGCUGCAGGAGCAGAUCAUGACUCUGACGGCCAAGAAGGAGCGUUUGCAGCUCCUCAACGUCCAGCUCUCCGUCCCCUUCCCCGUGGUGACCAGCAGCAACGGCCCCGGCAGCCAGGCCCAGUACAUCCUGCCUCCCAACGUCUGCAACAACGAUUCCCUGAGCAUCAGCAAGAGCCCCCCGUGCAAGAACAGCUUUGGGAUUGAGAACUCCCUCUCCACUUCCUCUGAGGACCCUCACUCAGGGUGUCCCAGCAGGAGCAGCUCCUCCCUGUCCUUCCACAGCACCCCUCCGCCCCUGCCCAUGCUGCAGCAGAGUCCUGCCUCGCUACCCCUGCCCGGGGUGCAGCAGGUGAACGGCCUGGCCCGGGCGGCCGGCGGCGGGCUGGGGGGAGGCACCAGUGCCAGCCACAGCCUCUCCACGGUGCCCAUGGUGGACGGCCUGAUGGGGACCCUGGCAGGAGGCCAGCAGAUGCCCAUCAACGGGAUCCUGGGGAACCUGAACGGAGCCCAGGCCGCCCAGCCCGCCAGCGCGCCGACGCAGGGGCCGGGCGGGCCCCCGGCCCUGCAGCUCUCCACCAGCCUGAGCAGCAUUCCCAGCCUGAGUCCCCUGACGGAGCAGCAGCGGCACGUCCUGCACCAGCACGAGCAGCAGCUCCAGCAGCUCCAGCAGCUCCUGACUUCCCAGCCGCUUAAUCCGGAGCAGCAGGCCCUGGUGUUCCAGAUGAUGCAGCAGAUCCAGCAGAAGCGGGAGCUGCAGCGGCUGCAGAUGAGCAGCUCGUCCCAGCUGUCCAUGAGCUCCCUCCUGGCCGCCACCUCGGCCCCCGCCCUGAUGACCUCGGCCCCCCAACCGCCCCCCAGCACCAGCUCCCUCCUGGCCUCCCUGUCCCCGCAGCAGCUCAACCCUGGCAAUGCCCUCCUGGCCCCCCAGGCCACCCCACCGCUCAGCACUCCUGGGAACAGCCUCCUGGCCUCGGGAACGGGCCUCCCACCCGUCCUGACAGCACAGCCCAACCCCUUCCUCAACCUGCAGGCUGAUGGCAACACCCCCAAAGGAACGAACAUGAAUGAAAAGGGAGCUCCUCUUACCCAGGACAAGGGCUAAGCUCCCCCCCUGACCCCGAAAAAACCAGCAGCCAACUCCUCUGCCCAGGGGAACGUGGCUUUUCCACAGCCAACCUUGACACUGUUAGAGCAAUGAGCACAAGGCUUCCGAGGAGCAUUCCCUGAGCUGGGCCACGAGGAGCAUUCCCUGCGCUGGGC